GGGAGAGGGACAACGCGGUGUGCAGAAGCUCUGACAGGAGACGGAUUUAUGUGGAUAUCUUCAUAUAGCAGCUACUUUUCAUCCUCGGAUACAUAUCUCAUUCAUGCUUUCGCUUGGAGAGGAGCAUGUGUCGCGCUAAAGUUUAUCCGGACUUUAAAGGCGCGCCGUGGGAAGUUUCCCUGCUCGUGCCGCGGCUCUGAAAACAGUUUGGAGGACUUUUUAUGACACAGAAUGGCAAAAAAGGAGCAACACACACCCCUGAUACUUCACUUUUCUCUCUGCUUUGCUUCAAAAAGUAGCGCUGAAAGUUUGCAGCAGUUCCUGACGCGGCAGGUGACCAACAAGGCACGAGAUGUGGACUUUAAUGUCACAGAAGGCGGCGUGAAAAGGUCCGGUCUGCUCUCAGGAGUUAUGAGGAUAUAACCUGAACAUAUCAGAGAUAAUGAUGAGAGCUGUGAGAGUCCUGUGCGUCCUGCUCGCGCUGUGGGAGUCGAGCCACAGCAACAGAAACUGUCCGGACCUGAUCGUUGACAGCUGUCACUGCUCAGCGGAGAGGUCCAAGGAGCUGAGCCGGCAGCACGUCCGGGUCAAAGUGGUGUGUGAUGAUGUGGACCUGAUGGACACCCUGCAGCCCAGCUUCCUCCCAAACAGAACCGUCUCCCUAAACCUGAGUAAUAACAAGAUCUCCCUGCUGAGGAACGGCUCCUUCUAUGGCUUGGCUGCGCUGGAAAAACUGGAUCUGAGGAAUAAUUUGAUAAGUACAGUGGAGCCCGGGGCCUUCCGUGGUCUGCUGGCUCUGAGGAGACUAGACCUCUCCAACAACAGGAUUGGCUGUCUCUUCCCUGAGAUGUUUAUUGAUCUGGUCAACCUCUCCAAAUUGAAUUUAUCUGGAAAUAUCUUCUCCACUCUGACCGUGGGACUUUUCACACACCUUGUGGCUCUCCGAGUGCUGCACUUCAGCACUGAGACCCUGUUCUGUGACUGUCAGCUUAAGUGGCUUCUCCUUUGGGCUCGGAGCAACUCUGUGAGGAUCAGCAACGACACUGUGUGCAUGUUCCCCACACACCUCCAUGGACUGGAGUUUCGUAACCUACGGGAACAACAGCUCAGAUGUGAUGGACCUCUGGAGAUGCCCCUCUUCCAGCUCAUCCCCUCUCAGAGACAGCUGGUGUUUCGUGGAGACCGUCUCCCCCUGCAGUGCACCGCCUCCUACCUGGACCGCUCGGUGGAGCUGCGGUGGCGUCACAAUGGCCACGCUGUGACCACACAAGAGGAGCAGGGGAUCUAUGUAGAGGAAACACUGCUGCAUGACUGCUGCCUGCUGACCAGCGAGGUCAUCCUCUCAAACAUUGAUGUGGGCAUUGCUGGUGUCUGGGAGUGCUUGGUUACCAGUUCCCGUGGCAACACCUCUCAGCAGAUGGAGAUAGUCGUUGUUGAGACGUCAGCACCGUACUGUCCCGCUGACAGGGUCUCCAACAACAAGGGGGACUUCAGGUGGCCAAAGACGUUAGCUGGCAUCCUGGCCUUCCUGCCCUGUGCUCCUGCCACCUUUGGCUCCGCCCCCCACCCCUCUGGAAGUGGCCCUCACAUCCCAGGUCAGAGGGAGAAGAAGGCGUGGCGGCGCUGCGACCGUGCUGGUCGCUGGGCUGAGGAUGACUACACUCAGUGUCCUUAUGCCAGCGAGCUGACACGCCUGCUGCACGAGCUCACACAGAUCCCCAUAAACACCUCCAAUGCUCAGCCUUUAGGCCGGCAGUUAGUGGCUUUCACCAGCAGGGCAGCACACUUCAAUGAUGUCAUGGAUGUCAUCUUUGUCACUCAUCUGGUGGAGAGGCUGACCAGGCUGGUGGAGAAACGGAGAGAUCUUGGGGACUAUAUAUCAGACAUAGCCAGUAACAUGAUGCUGGUGGAGGAGCAUAUCCUGUGGAUGGCGCAGAACGAGGCUCGAGCGUGCACCCGCAUCGUCCAAUGUGUAGAGCGUAUCGCUGACCUGGCGCUGACCGGAGACAACCAAGUCAUUUCUAAGGUGUCUGCUAACAUAGCUCUGGAGGCCUUUCUGAUUCGUCCAUCGAACUUUCUCGGUCUGUCCUGCACGGCUCUUCAGCGCCCGCUCUCCUCUGCCUCGGCGCCCCGUCUCGACAGUCGCUCCAGCAGUGACAAGGACACGAGCAGAGAUCGUGACGCUGAGGAGGAGUCGUUGCUCAACUUCAAAUGCCACACUGUCAACAGCAGCGGCUCGCCAGCCAGUCAGCUCAGCAAGAACUCAGUGGCAGUCGCCUCAAUCCAUUUACCGCUGGCUGGUACGCCUAUCUCCUCCUCUGCGCUGCAAUCUGUUGAUAACUCCACUUGCAGGCUGCAGUUUAUUGUGUUUCGCAAUGGGAAACUCUUUCCUUGCACGGGGAAUUCGUCAAAUCUCGCAGACGAUGGGAAGCGUAGGAGCGUUUCAACACCAGUUGCUUUCACCAAAUUAGAUGGGUGCAGCCUCGGGAGCGCCGUGCACUCGGUUACUAUCGCUCUGAGGCACUUCGCUCUGGGUGUAGACCCCACCGCAGCCUACUGGGAUUUUGACCUGCUGGAUGGACACGGUGGCUGGAGGGCAGAGGGCUGCCACAUAACAGGCUCCGGGGGCAACACGACCACCAUUCACUGCACCCAUCACAAUAACUUUGCUGUGCUAAUGGAUCUGAAGAAGGUGCUGUCAUUCCCCCCAUACCCUGGGGAGUUUUUGCACCCGGUCGUGUAUGCCUGCACGGCGGUCAUGUUGCUCUGCCUCUUCGCCUCCAUCAUCACGUACAUAGUGCACCACAGCGCAAUCCGGAUCAGUCGGAAGGGAUGGCAUAUGCUUCUCAACUUCUGCUUCCACACGGCUCUGACCUUUGCUGUGUUUGCCGGCGGCAUCAAUCGAAUCAAAUACCCCAUCAUCUGUCAAGCAGUCGGGGUCGUGCUGCACUACUCGUCUCUGUCGACCAUGCUGUGGCUCGGGGUGACGGCCAGGAACAUUUACAAGCAGGUGACCAAGAAGCCUCCGCAGAGCCAAGAUGGUGACCCACCUCCGCCCCCUAAACAGCCGCUGUUGAAAUUUUAUUUAGUCAGCGGUGGAGUGCCCCUCAUCAUCUGCGGGGUCACAGCAGCCGUCAAUAUAGACAACUAUGGCAGCAAGGAACAAGCACCAUACUGCUGGAUGGCCUGGGAGCCCAGCCUCGGGGCCUUCUUCGGUCCUGUUGCAUUCAUCUUCCUGGUAACCUGCAUCUACUUCCUCUGCACCUUCCUCCAGCUGCGAAAACACCCAGAAAAGAAGUAUGAGCUGAAGCAGCUGACUGAGGAGCAGCAGAGAUUGGCUGCAGUCGACGUACCAACCCACUGCCACCAGGGAGCGGAGCCUGGGGCCCUUGCAGCUCCGACCGCCGGGAGUCACUGCCCUGCUGGCUGUCCGGGUGUACCCAUUAACCCAGCACUGCUUGCCAACGAGCACUCCUUCAAGGCGCAGUUAAGGACGGCAGCCUUCACCCUCUUCCUGUUCCUGGCCACCUGGACAUUCGGGGCGCUUGCUGUGUCUCAGGGCCACUUCCUGGAUAUGAUCUUCAGCUGCCUUUAUGGUGCCUUCUCCGUCACCCUUGGCCUCUUUGUCCUCAUCCAUCACUGCGCCAAGCGUGAUGACGUUUGGCAUUGCUGGUGUUCCUGUUGUCCAGGAAGACAGGAGAACGCCUGCUCUGGUGCCCACGGUCCUACUCAGGCACGGCCAAAGGUCAAUGUGAACGGAGAUACCCCCGGGCAUGGCCACAGUCACACCCACUGCCACCAUGACUCCCCAUGUCCAGGUAAAGCCGUGAUCAGCUGCAGUCAUGGCAGUUUAGGUCACUGCAAACACGCUCUCCCAUCUUCACAAAACCAUGUAACAUGUCUGGCACCUGUAACACCCUGCUGUGCCGCGUUGCACAGCCAGCAGCUGAUGGAGGAGGAGCCUGCAGCCACACAUGUGCUGCUACAUCCUGACCCAGAGGGAUACCGUCCAGGGAUUCAGCUGCACCCCUGCCUAAAGAGCAGCACCAGGACUAAAAGCCGGAGUUUGAGUCGCCGGGCUGGAGCCGCUGCCUGCGGGGCUGGGAGUGAGCGGGAGUAUGCAUAUCACAUCCCUUCAAGUGGGGAUGGCGGCAGCGUGCACAGCUCACACACUGACAGCCCACACAGCACACAUGAGCGCCAUGCCCACAUCUGUCCACAUCUGGCCCACGAAGGCCACCAUGAUGGGCAUCACACAUGCCACGCUGCUGCAGCCACCACACACGAGGCCCUGGCAUGCCAUCAUCCCUGCCACCGGCACAUCUGCUGUGCCAAGGCAGACCUUUUCCCUUCCUUGUGCCCGGCAGAGGCGGGUGACACGGGCGUCUUCCUGUGCGGCUGCGGCAAAGUGGCCGAGCCGGACCCGAUGGUGACACAUUGCCAUCUGGAGAUGCAUGCCCCGCGCAGACAAUCCUACCCCCAGAACCCACCCAAUCAGAAUGGGAUUCUAAAAGGGGGCCUACACGAAGGACUCCUGUAUGCCUCGGACAGCACGGGGAAUAUACGCACUGGACCCUGGAAGAACGAAACUACUGUGUAGUACGGACAGAAAAAGACACCCCUGAUUCCUAGUCCCGCCAAAAAUAAACCCUGGAUUCCCUUUCUAGAAGUAAAAAAAUGAAUUGAACUACAUUUUAACUAUCACAAUCAGUGUGGGAUAUUUUUAUUUCAAUGUCCUCAUGUUUUUAUGUGUGCUGUUUCACUGUACAGAAAUCUGAUCUCAUGUAAAUCCAUACACAAAACGGAAUCUGACCAAGAAGAAUAUGUGAAACAUUUGCUACAUCAUACCAUCAGAUGUUACUGAAGGUAUUUCCACUGAUCCAUACUACUACAGAUCUCUCUCUAUAUAUACAAGAAAAUGAAUGGUUGUAUGUUUGACUCUGUGUGUUAGUGCUCAAAGGCAACACGCUGCAAGAUUUUUUUACACUUUCCAUCAGAUAGUCUCAGAUGACAGAGACCUCCAGUACUAUCAAGAACUCUUGGCAUCCAUGUUUUUAGAUGACUAAACCAGCAAUUUUCAUGGGUAUUUUUCGCCAUUCAGUCUCAGUCAAGCAACUGUGAAUAUCUACUAGAGAUUUUCUGAAUUAUAUACAAAGAAACUGUUGCCGGACAGAGAUGUGUGGAUGCCAAUUAACUUUUGAGAAUUCAUAGAAAAAGAAAAGAAAAGGGAAGUCAACAUCCUCUUCUGGGUUGAUAUUGAUCGUGUUGUCUGUAUACCUUCACUGUUGUGUUCUUUGUUUUUUUAUUUCCUUUUUGUUAAUUCUGGAGAAAAGUAAAUAACAGCGCCAUCAACAGCAACAACGUGGCCAUUGUGAGUGUAGAAUUGGUGUCAUUGAGUCUUUGGAUCUAGUGUGGUUUUUACUGAAGAGGAAUUCCAGUAUUUUUCAACCUGGGCCCUAUUUUUUUAUAAUUUUCAGAUAUUUAUGACAAAUGCAAUGCAAAUGUUUGGAAUUUCCAACAUGGAUUGGUUUGGUUUGAAGAUGCAAAACAGGCUCUAAAUGGCUACAGCUUAACCUUGGAGGUGAAUCUGUCAAAUCAGACGUCUACUAGAAGUUCUUGAUUUUAUUACUAACCUCCUCAAAUUAUAGUCUAGUUCUCCCACUGCAUAAUAGAAAGGAUACCUGCAAAAAUUGACUGUUUUGUUGAGGUGAAAAACUUUUCCUAUCCAGAAAAAGGCUGUGUUGCUCUCUUCAAAACCACAAAACCCAUUUUUAAAAAUACAAAUUUUACCUAGAAUGGAAGGACUGCUGUGUCAUCCUUUAUUUUACUGUGUGCUGUGUAAAAGGAGGUUUUAAAAUGUCUUUUUUAAUCCAGCAUGUUAUUUAUUGAUCACACAAUUGCACAGUCAGUGAAGUUUGGUAGUUUCUUAAGAGCCAAUGACAGCUGUUUCUUGUUUCUCAAUGCCUUUUUUCUCUUUUACAGAGAGGUCUAUCAGAGUUUGGAUCUGCUGGGGAAAUUCUAAUGCUUUUCCUGAUUUAGAUGUUUAAAAAUGCAUUUAAAAGUAGGGCCCAGGUUUAUUAAUACCAACCAUACCUUUAAAAACUGUGUCACAAAGAGCCAGAUUCCUACAGUUUAUUGCCAAACUUGUGCAGGCUUUCAUUCUCUGCAUCUAAAUCAGAUAUUGUGAAAUCAACGUUCUGUAUGAGUCUGUAAAGUCAAACAUAUCAGAACAAAAAGAGUGUGAAUGUUAUUAAAGAAGAAACAACAAGCUGCUUUCAGAAACCUACCUAUCACUAAUGUAGUAUUUUAGCAAAAAACAAAAAAGAUUUAAACAUUAACCUGACCUCAUCCACUGUUAGCUUAAUGCUACAUGGCAGAAUUGGAGCAAAUUUCCCCGUUAUUUUGUCUUUACAGUCCCUGCAGCAUGCAUGCCUUGCUGUAUGCUCUCAUCAAAGAUUCUUAAUGAAUGCCCAUCCAUGAACGUAUUAUUUGUCUCAACCCCAGGCGGCUACUGCAGCCUGCCAUGUAUCACUUUUGUCACACUCCUGGAUUAGGCCUAGUCCCCAACAAAUACUGCAUUAUUUCCCACUGCUUAUCUCCAUUUGACAAGACUUUAAUCUAAGGUUUAUCCCAGAAUCCAGUCCAGAAAAUCAUAAUGCUAUUGGUUCUGCUUUUGUAGAUAACUUGCUCUGGAAGAGGCCAAGGUUGAAGUGUGGAUUGUUUUAUUUUGUGACCAUGAAGGUCAAAUUCUUUUUGAAGAGUUACCCUUCAGAACAGAAAGCUCUGUAUUGAUUUUGAAGCACCUGUUUGUUUUUAAGAUGAUGAUAUUGAGUUUGAUAUUUGAGACAAAGCAGUCAUAGGUUUCAUCAGAAAAGCCAAACUUCAGGCAGAGCAUAUAAUCUCACAGCAAACCACCUGGGCAUGCACACCUCCUCCUCCUCCUCCAUCCUGUGCACUCUUGUCUGUGUAUAUAGGAUCAAUUUCUGAUGAAUUAUUUUAUAUGAGAUUUAAGAUAUUUAAGAAUAAAAUAAGUCUAUAUGUAAAGCAAGUUGUAUUGGGGAAAAAACGGACCUCUCAAUGUUACUACUCAGUAUCUGAGUUUAGAAAUGUCUUUUUUGUUUUCAAAGGCCUUUUUCUUUUCAGUUCUAGUUGAAGUAUGCAGACUUGCUGUGUGUUGUGAGACUUAUUCUGUCAUAUCAGAGGUAGAAAUGCUCUACCUGCUUUAAUAUUUGGCCUGCCAGUGUAGAAUAGGUCACUUAUAGUACCUUUAAAGAAGACAUACACUCAAAGAUCACUUUAUUAGGUACGCCUGUUCAACUGCUCUUUAACUCAUACAUCUAAUCAGCCAAUCACAUGGCAGCAACCAGUGCAUUUAGGCAUGAAGACAUGGUCAAGAUGAUGUUGUGAAGUUCUAACUAAGCAUCAGAAUGGAGGAUAAAGGUUGACUUUGAAGGUGUCAUGGUUGUUGGUUCCAGUUUCUGAAGAAUACGUCCAGUAAUCAGGAGUUCAGCUAUAAAAAACAUGCAGUUACAUACAUGUCAAGACAUCCGUGGUAACUUUCUCCAUCAGCUGUAAGUGCUGUAAACAAAAAGCAUCUCUGUACAUGUUGAGCCUUGGAGCACAUGGGCUAUAGCAGUAGAAGAACACACCAGGUGCUACUUCUGCCAGGUAACACUGUUCAGUACACUAGCAAGUUCCAGCAAGAAGAUCAGCUUGAUUACAUUAACGAAAUUCUUAGUGCAGUAGCCUGACAGCACGCGAGAGAUGCAGCAUGUUUUUGCGUGACCUGGCUGUUCCUGUUCUUCGCACUGUUGCUUAUGUUGAAAUGGAUAAGGAACAAAGAAAGGGGCAGAUGACAAGGCAUCGGGAGUGUCAGGCAGGGAUAUUUCUUUCAUUUUCUUUCAUUUUCCUCACUCAGCAGAACUAUAGCUUUUGCAAGUUUCCAUCUCCUGUCCCUAGUUAGGCUUUUAGAACAUGAAAGAAGGUAAAAUGAAAUAUAUCAAGCUUGCAUAGAAAUUACAUAAAGGCAGUCACAGUUAAUUUAAAAAAUACAUUAAUAGAACUAAAAGACAAAAUUGUAUAAUUUUACAUGUUAGUUACAUAAAAUUACAUUCACACCCAUUCAGAAUCCCACACUGAUAGUGGAGGCUGAUAUACUAGGUGUCCAUCAGUUUUACCCAAUCCCAUUAAUUUGCUUAAAUACAUGCUGACACGCCUUCCAAUUGAACCCUUUUAACCCUGUGAUAAAAGCCUACCUGAUUACCAACAACCACUGCAUCAAAGCCACUUAAAUGCCUUUUUUUCCCAUUCUGAUGAACUUCAGCAGAUCAUGUUGAUCAUGUCUACCUAUAUAAAUGCAUUGGUUGCCUCCAUGUGAUGGGAUGAUUAGAUAUUUGCAUUACUGAGCAGUUGAACAUGUAUGCCGAAUAAAGUGAUCGGUGAGUUUAUUUGAAUUAAAAAGAGACUUUUGCAAAGAAUAAAAAGAGAAAAAUCAAAUUGAUACCCCCUUUAUUUGGAUGGUAAGUUUGGCCCUGGGCCACAGAUGCAUGAGGCUCAUGGCUUUGCACAGAGCCGCUGCAGUUUUAACCAAGUCUGGAAAAAAAGUCAGAUUAUUCGCCGUAACCUUCGGUUAUAAAACAGUGGCAGAUUACAAAAAGAGGGCAGUAAAUGGUUCUGGCUUUUUAGUUAUUGGAAAGGGAUUUGUAACAGUAUCACAACAAAACAUUGAAAAACAAGCCUCUCCUGCUAAACCCACGUAAACCCGAGGGACAUCGGUGUAGAUUAAUCGCUGUACAUCAUGUGUAUUUGCUGGUGGUGUGUUUUAGGAGCAGCCUGAGCUUCUCAGUGAUGUUUGGUCUCACAGGCCACCGUAGGCCUCCUUCUCUGUUGUCAUCAGUAGCAGAUGUACUGCCUCUCUAAAUGAGCUUGCUGACCAGACGGCUGCUGAAAUAUUCACCUGUGGUACUGUGACAAAACCUAAAGCCAGUUUUCACUUUUUUCUACAUUGACACAGAUUCCAAUAAAUGUAUUUUUUCACCAUGCAACGGAUGAGAGCAUCUUUGGCUGUCUGUGUUUGUGUGUCCGCCAAUGUGCCGAGUAAAGAAAAAGGAUGAACACUAGUGCAAAAAAAGCAUUUUGUUAACACACUCAUGCUGCAAUGUGUUUAUAUCUUCUGACAGCGUGAUGGAGAUUGAGAUGCCUUACAGAGCCACCACAGGGGAGGAAUUCAGAUGAUAGUUGGCUUG